AUGAGAGCAAUCAGGAGCUUGUCCACCAGCUCUCAUGCCAGCGACCAUCUUGAGCCGAGUGAGUUCAAUAAGCGACGUGUCUUCAUCGCGCUUUACGAGCGGGAGGAGCUCUCUGUGGGAGAGAGUCGACGCCGCCUGGGCCACGAUGCCUACCACUGGGAGAUAAUCGUUGCUCCCAAAGAUCACUCGGGCAGCGACUGCCAUGUCUAUGGAGUGACAAACGGUCCCCUCCGAAAGGGUAAGGUGCACAUCAUCGACGGAAACCGUGGACGAAGCUGGAGAUUCCGAGAGGAGCAAGUCAAUCCAGACGCCUCUUCGCUCCUCGUUGGAAUGAUCAUGAUCGGCAAGGUUCCAUCUCAGGUCACCCGUGACGACCUUAUGAAGAAUCUCGGUCCUCCAACGAUUCAAGUUCCGGACAAACGAUUCGGAGAGAACUGUACCACCUGGAUCAAAGAGGCCAUCAUGAAGCUCCAGGAAGGCGGACUGGCCGAACAAUUUGACAUACAGCUGUUCAUGGAUGACGCUCUGGCCUUUGCAGACCACUACAACAAGCACGACAUGGGCAGAAAAUGCAUCUUUUCGAUGAGUGACCACUGCUUCGUUCACCCGAGAAUGAAUUGCGCGAUGCUCAAUUACACCAAGCGGCGCAUGUGGUAG